GCUCCGCCGCCUGAACAGCGACCAGAGAGGAGACGCGCAAGAGGCGAGAACAACCUGAUCCAGCGGAGCCGCAGAGCGCAGCCGCAGCGGGAGAGGCAGCACAGCCACGGGGGGGGCGGAGGCGAAGUGUGAGAAAUGCAGGAGGCUGAUAACGACGAGAGAGACAUUUAGAUCAGAGCAGAUGCAGCGAGCAGCCAAGUGAAUCCCGGGAUGAGAAGAAUCUGACUCUUUUUUUGCCGCGGAGCGUCCAGAGAAUUACGCACGACGCGCUGCUCCAACUUUUACGCACGGACCUCUGGAGUUGUGUUUUUUUUUACUCAUGCUACAUUAUUUAUUUUUAUUUUUACACUGAAGUGCGAUUUUGAAACGGGAGCCUGACACGUUUAUGUGGAGUUUUGACUUUGACGUGGACGCAUCUGGCACCUUUACGCGUUCUAGCGCACGGGUUUCUAGAAAUCCCACAUUUGGAGACAUUUUUUCUUUGGGGAUCAUAACGCGGACUCCUCAUCACACUGCACUGAUAUAACUGGAGCUGCGUCGCUGUAGAUUCCCUCAAUCACAACGGCUCGCAUUCACGCACCUGUCCCGCAGCUCCCGCGACGUCUCCGCUUGUGAGUUUUUUGGGUAUGGACACAGUCAGACGUCUCGCCUGCGUGUGACUCACCGUGAGCAAACAUUUGGUUUUGCGCUUAAAGGCAGUGGCACAUUGCGCUGGGGAUAUUUAAACGGUGCGCGUCUCGCACAGGCACGAGCGGCCAGCGCACGGCACCGGGACGAGGCUCGGUGCAGCCGGGGGAUUGGACGCCGACGUGCUAAAUGCCGGCGACAUGAGGUCCUGGGUCCUGCUGCUGCUGCUGAGUGCGCUGUCAGCGGCGCGUCUGAGGCUCGGCAGCGCUGAGGGCGAUCCUCUCCCUCCGUCGCUGGUCGACCUGGUGAGGAAUUCUCCCAUCUCCUCUGUAGACGAGCUGAAAGUGCUGCUGCUGCAGGAGGCCAAUGCAAUAGAAGAGGAAGAGGAUGAGCACGACUUUCUCACAAACCACACCCACGGCAGAUACUCUAGAAGUCUUGUGGAGGCGCAGCAGGCGCAGCUGGCGAACUGUAAAGUUCGGACAGAGGUGAUGGAGGUGACCAGGUCCAUGCUCGACCGCCGCAACGCCGACUUCAUCCUGUGGCCGCCGUGCGUGGAGGUGCAGAGAUGUUCGGGCUGCUGCAACGCGAGGCACCUGCAGUGCAUCCCCACCGUCACCUCCAGCAGAUACCUGAAGGUGCUAAAGAUCCAGGUCAUCAAGGGUCAACCUCACUACACCUACGCCAUGAUAUCAGUGGAGGACCACGUCAGCUGCAGAUGCCAACCUGCCACAUCUUCCUCGUCCUCUUCAUCCUCUUCGUCCUCUUCGUCCUCUUCAUCCUCUUCAUCCUCUUCGUCCUCUUCGUCCUCCUCGUCCCUUCCCGUCGCUAACUCCCCCGUUCAGAGCAGCCCCAACCCCCCUCCGCCUCCACCACAGCAGCCUGCCUCCUCCUCCCACCUUCCCCUGCCCCUUCCGCGAUCUGUCCACCCUGCUCCGCCCAAGAGUCACGCCUCCAAGGCUGACCUCCAUCGCCACGACGUCCUGAAGCACAACCAGCAGCGCUACCAUUCCGAGGAGCGCGAGCCGGUGGCCAGGCAGUGGCAGCAGGGCAGCUACACCCAGCUGGUGCACUGGACACAGCCCAGGGUGCACCAGGGGCCCGCGCACCAGCCGAUCGCCGGGGUGCUGGGAUCCGUCAGCAGCUGGCCGUCGGAGGCGAGGGCGGAGCAUAGCGUCAUGGGAAGUACGCAGCAGGUCGGGCACGGGAGUGGGUUUGAGGGGAGCAGGGAGGAGGGCAGCGUGGCAUCGAACACUGAAGGGCAUCAUCCCGAUCACGCCCAGAGGCAGCAGCAGGUGUUACAGCAUCAGCAGAGACAACAGCAUCAGCAGCCAUAUCUGCAUCAUCGUCAGCCACAUUAUCCACAGCCGUACAACCACGGAGGGGCCGAGGACCCCGAGCUGAGGACGCAGCAUCGACUCAACGCUCCUCAGUCCGACAGCGCCUCGCCCCCCGUCAGCCCGACACUCCCACCCGCAUCGGAGCAAAACCCCACCCUUCCUCUAACCACCAAUCAGAGAGACUCAGUGACCAGCCAAAUAAUUACACAGGUCACAAAACAGACUGAGACUGAAACAGUCAGUCAAGGGAGCGAGAGGGAGGAGAGUGGCUCGGCCAAUAGCGGGGACUCGGCCGGUGCUGAGCCGGCCAAUCAGGCGAGGGAGAGAGACUCUAAGCUGACCACAGAAGACGGUCAUUUAACAGAGGAGGAGGAGAGGAGGCACAAACUUCUAGAGAUGGUACAGAGCGAACCGGAUAAACAGACUCAUCUUCAUCCUCAUCCUCCUCAGCAAAGACCAAAGCCGACCACGUUUAUAACAGUCGUGUCUACUGUGGCCCCCAUGUCCCCCGCUGCGCGUCAGGCCCCGUUCCGUCCGGCUUCCCCUCGCCGCAGGAGGAAACACCGCAAACGCAUCAGCAAAGCCGCCCUCAGAGCCAUGAUCAUGUAGAGCUGCAGGAAACGCUGAAGCUAAUCCAAAAGCUUUUGACCCGACACGUUGCUCCAAGCGGAGAGAUGAAGAAUGUGGGAUUCUUGAAUGUGCCGCCGGUCGACUCUCUGGACGGAGGGGACGGACACUGCUGCUGCUUUUCGAUUGGACGGCUCCAGACAAAGUUACCUUUCCUGCUCCAGAGCUGCCGCAGAGCGUCCGGCUUCGUGGAUUUGAGAAGAAAAUUUUUAAAAAAGUGCAAUCUUAUGAACUCGUUGGACUGGAAGUUAUUGGUCACCCUGAACACUGGAUCUAAAUAACAUCCCGUUAACGUGGGAUGGAUGGAAGCUUGUCAGAUGCCCAAAGCUAAGCUGGUGCGCCCUUGCAGUCGGCAGCCAUUGAUUGGCUCCUUUGACAUCCAGCUCGACUUCCGAUUAGUGACUCGGACUAAGACGUCACUAUCUGGGGCUAAAUGUGCAGCACGGGCUGAGAGUGGAGACGUGGAGAACUGGAUUUCUACACUGGGACAAUAACUGGAAAUGCAGCUGAGGCCUCGAUGCCAAACAUUACUGUUAUCUUACAAUGUCUAACUGUAUCUAACACUGGAGUAGCCGUACACUGAUCAUUACACUGACCUUAGAGAAGUACUCCGCCGUGUACUGUAGCUUCAUGUACUGGAAAAUAUCAAUAACCUGCUCUUUUUGUACUACUGCCGGAUCCAACCAGAAUAACAAACAAAUGCCUGCCUAGAUAACAUGUUAUGAAUAUCCACGUUAAAGCAAGUCUUAAAGACCUGGCUGUUAGAGAUCGCUGUUAUAGCCAACACUGUAUAAAUGCUUUUAGAAAACGAUAUCCAGGGGGAAGAGAGACAAACUUUAUUUCUUAACUUAUUUAAAAAAAAAGUGUAAUUAUUGUUGCAGACAUGUUUCAGAUUAUAAUUAUUGGUUGUACAACUGUUACUGUUAUGAAUGUUAUUUUUAAUAUAAAAUAAAAAUGUUCAACAAAUAUACAGUUAA